AAGUUGAGUUGAGUUUCCAAAAUCUCUUCAUAAUUACUCUCUUUACAUACUAAAACUAAUACAUAAACCCAAAUUUCCAAACAAUUUCUUCAUAGACAUGUAGAAACACACCCACAAAAAAAAAGGAAAAAAAGGUCAUUCAAAAUGAAAUGAAAGCUUAAAAGUAUAUGUAUGAAAUGAAAAAGACUAGUACUUUCAUAUCUUCUGAUCUUCUUGUUUAUGGUUGCUCUACUUUCUCUUUCACCUUUCUAUCUCUUUUUCUUAGUACCACUCCUUCUUAAUACUCUCAAUUAAUUCUCUAUAUUUACAACAAAUUAACUAAUUCUCAUCCAAAGAGAAAAGUGAAAAUCCAGAACUAAUUAAGCUGAUAAUCACACAUGAAGGUGUAAAAAUUGUUUGCAUGGCGUCGAGUCAUCAUCACUGGCUUGGAGAAACUGGUUUAUCACAGUCUGCUCCUUCUUCAAAUCAUCACAAUAUUCCUUUCGCAAUUCCUCAUCAUCAUGCCAUUAAUCCCACUUCUUCUAAUCCUUUCAUGAAUCAAGGAGGAUCUUCAUUUGAUUUUGGAGAGCUAGAACAAGCUAUUGUCCUGCAAGGAGUUAAGAUAGGACAUCAUGAACCAAAAUCAUCUUUAUUUGCAAACAAACCAGCAGCAACUCUAGAGAUGUUCCCUUCAUGGCCAAUGAGAAUUCAACAAACAACAAGAGGAAGUUGUUCAAAGUCAGGAGGAGAAAGUACUACUGAUGAUUCAGAAUCAGCUGUUAAUACAAUUUCUUCAAGUCAAGCUGAAAUUCAUUUAGAACAACCAGAAUCUCCUAUGAGCAGAAAACCAUCUAUUAUUGACCAAAAUCAACAACAACAACAACAAGCUUCAAGUAGUUAUCAACAACAUCAACCAGGAAUGUCCCAAAAUCAAUCUGCUUCCAAACAACCUCAAGAAAAGAGGCAAGUUGGAAGCAAAUCAGAUAAAGUUCUUGAUGCUAAGACACUUAGGCGUUUGGCUCAAAACAGGGAAGCAGCAAGAAAAAGCCGACUUAGGAAAAAGGCAUAUGUACAGCAGUUAGAAUCAAGCAGGUUAAAGCUAGCUCAGCUAGAGCAAGACCUUCAAAGAGCUAGAGCACAGGGAUUGUUUUUAGGUGGAGCUGGUGGUGCUCCUGCAAACAUUAGCUCAGUUGAUGGUGAUGUUGCAGGAGCAGCAAUAUUUGACAUGGAGUAUGCAAGAUGGAUAGAAGAUGAUCAUAGGCACAUAUCAGAACUAAGAACAGCAUUACAAACACAUUUAUCAGAUGGAGAUCUUAGGAUUAUAGUUGAUGGUUAUAUCAACCAUUAUGAUGAGAUCUUUCGUCUCAAAAAUGUGGCUGCCAAAACCGAUAUUUUUCACCUUAUCACCGGAAUGUGGACUACUCCGGCUGAACGUUGUUUCCUUUGGAUGGGUGGGUUCAGACCCUCUGAACUCAUCAAGAUGUUAAUAGCACAAUUAGACCCAUUAACGGAGCAGCAAUUGAUGGGGAUAUACAGUCUACAGCAAACAUCACAGCAGGCAGAAGAAGCAUUAAGUCAAGGACUAGAACAGCUACAACAGUCAUUGGUGGAUACAAUUGCUACUAGUACUGUUACUGAUGGCAUGCAUCAAAUGGCUAUUGCUUUGGGCAAGCUUUCUAAUCUUGAAGGCUUUAUUCGUCAGGCUGAUAAUUUAAGACAACAAACACUGCAUCAAUUACGCAGAAUAUUGACAAUUCGACAAGCAGCAAGGUGUUUUCUGGUCAUUGGAGAAUACUAUGGUCGGCUGCGUGCACUUAGUUCCCUUUGGGCUUCUCGUCCUAGAGAACAGAUGAUGAACCAGGAAAAUGCAUGUCAUCAAGCAGUCCCAGAAAUGCAAAUGGUGCAACCUCCACAUAAUCAUCACUUUAAUCCCUUUUAAAGAAUCACCAUUUAUGGAUAUUGCAUGACACUCCUCCUCCAAGCUUCAUCAGUGUAGAUUUUUUUUUUUUUUUUUAAUUUUAUUUAAUUAUCAGGUUUAUUUUAAUUCACUUGUAAAUCAAAGGAAACUUCUAGUUGUCCUACUAAACAAACACAUCAAAAACAAACCAACAAUGUAAAGGUGUGCGAUUUAUAUAUAUCUAAUUAUAUAUUUCGCGCUUUCUCCA